GAACCAGCCACAGUCUCCACUUGCAGUCUGGCUAGGAAAAAUCACUCUCUCCCAUUAACCCAUAAACUGCCUGUUAGAAGGGAGGAGAGGUUUCCCCUCCCCGAGGAUUCGAAUUUCCCGGCGCCGCGCAAAACCGCGAGAGGAGCGAGCUGCGUGAAAGGAAGUUUUCUUUAUUUUUCAGGAAGUCAGAUCCGAGCGAAGUCGCGGACCAGCGUUCCUGGGUGAGCUGACAUCGUUACAAGCCUGGCAGUUGAAAACAUCUUUCAUACUGAGCAAGGAUUUUAAUUGGUUCAGGAUAAAAGCCAGAUUUCUCCAAAGAUGGCUCAAGGGGGCUGUUUUUCCUUUUCUCCUCCUAUAAAAGGGAGUUGCUUUGCAGACAUAGGGAAAUCUCUGGAUUUGUUUGGAACAGCAUUUCAGCCCAGAGAAAGAAUAAACUCGUGGUACACAGCAGAGGAAAGAAAAGAAAAACUCUCCCCUAUAAUUCUGGCUGGGACGCGUGGAAAAUUCUGGGAAAAGUCCAGGCGGAACAUCUUGGAAGAAGAAACCAUCAGUUGUAUUGAACAGCAUCACCCUUUCAAGUUCUUCUGUAAGGAGGUUGAGGCACCCCGAGAGCUUUGCAGCCAACUUCAUCGCCUUUACCAUCGAUGGCUGAAGCCAGAGAAGCACACGAAAGCUCAGAUGUUGGACCUGGUGAUCCUGGAGCAGUUCCUGGCCAUCCUGCCCCCAGAAAUGGAGCACUGGGUGAGAGAGUGCGGAGCAGAAACCAGCUCCCAGGCAGUGGCCCUCGCAGAAGGUUUCCUCCUGAGCCAGGCAGAGGAGAAGAAGCAGGGAGAGAUGCAGGUGAGAGAAUAUCACCAGGUUCAUGAACCCUUCGUGGAGAUGGCUGUUGAAUAUCCCAAAGCAAAGGGCAGUGUGUCCUAUUCCUCUCAGAAGCUGGCCUUUAGAGGUCUCUCCCAGAAAGACCCACCUCUAAGUACUUCUUCAGAGAAUAGGACAGCACUGUUGUUACCUGUGGAAACAUCUCUUCUUUGCGGUGCAGUAGAAACAGCAGUUUUACCUCCAGCUGAGGAUCCUGUUUCUUUUGAGGAUAUAGCGAUUAAUUUCUCUGGGGAGGAAUGGGCUCUGCUGGAUUUUGACCAAAAAACUAUGUACACAGAAGUCAUGCUGGAAAAUGCUAAGAUUGUGGCCUCCAUAUCAGGUGAUGAGCAGAACUUUGAGAAUGAUAAGAAGCCAGCAGCGGAAAAAUUGCAAACAGUCAAGAAUAAAAUUAAAGAAAGAUUCUUCAAAAAUCCAUGGGAACCAAAAAGGCCUACGGAAAACCAAUUCAACAACAGGGUGGAAAAAUCAACAUUGCAAUGUGCAGAAAUCCAUGUCUUCUUGCCCCAAGAUCAUCAGAAAAAGAAAAAUUGUAUAAGGUGUGGAAACGUAUUCAGGAAUAUGUCCAAUUUCUGUGGAUGCUGUGAAACCCUCACCAAAAAGGAACAAUAUGGACACAAAAAGCAAGGAAAAAAUUAUAGCCAGGGCUGUGCUCUCACUUUACAUCAAAGCACCCAUGCCAGAGAAAAAUCAUAUAAAUGCAUGGAGUGUGGGAAAAGUUUCAGUAAGAGCAGUAAUCUGAAUGCUCAUAAAAGGAUCCACACAGGGGAGAAACCAUACAAAUGCAUGAACUGUGGAAAAAGCUUUCGCAAGAACAGUAACCUUACAUCCCAUAUAAGGAUCCACACAGGGGAGAAACCAUACAAAUGCAUGAACUGUGGAAAAAGUUUUAGGUGGUACAGCAACCUUACUUCCCAUAAAAAGAUCCACAUAGCGGAGAACCAUUUAAAUACACUGAGUGUGCAAAGACAUCACUAUGAUCGGUCACCAUACAUCUCAUAAAAGGUUCAUCAUAAGGGAAAAAGGAGGUAAACGAACAGCAUGUGGAAAGAGCAAGUACAAGUAACCAUGCUCCUAAGAAAACAACCCAUUUGGGAGAAUCCCCAUAAAUGAACGGAUCCUGGGAAUAUCUUCAGGAUGAUCAAUUACCGUAUUUUUCAGAGUAUAAGACAUACCCCCCCCCCAAAAGAGGGUGAAAAUUUGGGUGCGUCAUUGCAGCAAACAGUCCGUUUCAGUUUCAGCACAGCCUGAUUAGCACAAGCAGCUGAUUGUGGUUGGAUUGGCCUCCCAACCAUCAGCUGUUUCAGGCUGCAGGGAUUGCCAUUGCCUAUUGCCCAUUCUGAUCCCCGCAGCCUGGAACGGGCAGAAAAUGGGGCGUGCGGAGGCUGAAAACGAAGGCAGCAAUAGGCUAUGGCAAUCCCUGCAGCCUGAAACAGCUGAUCCUCGGGAGGCUGAUCCAAUCGACAAUCAACUGCUUAUGCUAAUCAGGCUAUGCUGAAGCCGAAAUUGAAGUGGGCUGUUUGCUGCAAGGAGGCAAAUUGCUGGGAGGCAGAGGCAGAUUUUUUUUUCUUGUUUUCCUCCCCAAAAAAGGUAGGUGCAUCUUAUAGUCCAGAGCGUCUUAUACUCUGAAAAAUACGGUACCUUAUUUUCCAUAAAAGAGCUCACGUGGUGGAGAAACCACAUAAAUGCAUUUAGUGCCAAAGGUGCAAGAAGAUUGAGUUUCUUUAUUUCACAGAAAAGGAUCCACAGGAGGGCGGAACAAUACACGGGCUUGGCUUGGAGUGUACGGAGAUGCAUUACUAUGGGUUGUUUUAGUGCCAAUUAAAAGUUCCAUUUGGGGAGGAAUUGUUUACAGCUGAGUUUCCCCAACCUUUCUGGCUUUGUGGACCAGCAGGGAGGUCGGGGAGAGGGGAUGGUUUCACACGAGCAGCUGACAAACGUGCAUGCUCACAUGCUGCUCGCACAUGUAGGGAUGUGAACGCACGUGCGCUCAUCUGUCGCUUCCACCCAGUUCCGAGCAGCUCAUAGCCCAAUAAUGGGCCAUGGCCCAGGGAUUGGGAACCCCUGGUUUACAGGCACUGGAUGUGGAAAACCUUAGGGACUCCAGUUCUGAGGCAGGCCAAAAUGUUACAUGAAUGAAUAACAGACUAAUCCCUACCUGGCAUGACUAAAAAAAGGAGGUGAAGGGGAAGACAAAAUAUAAAAUGGCUGGACAGGUUUAAAGAUUAAACCUUAUUUGUGGGGUGCCGUAAGGAUCAGUCCUCUCACCCCUUCUGUUCAACAUUUAUGUAAAACCACUAGGUGAGAUCAUCCAUGGUUUCGGGGUGAGUGUUCAUCAGUAUGUUGAUGACACACAGCUAUACAUCUCCACUCCAGACCACCCCAAUGAUGCCCUUUCUGUGAUGUCCCAUUGCCUGGAGGCCAUGCGGAUCUGGAUGGGGAGAAACAAGCUCAGAUUCAACCCCUCCAAGACCGAAUGGCUGUGGCUUCCGGCGUCCCGGUAUAGUCAGCUGGUACCAUCACUGACAAUUGGGGAUGAGAUCUUGCUCCCCACAGAGAGGGCCCGCAACUUGGGUGUCCUCCUGGAUUCACGGCUAUCUUUAAAAGAUCAUUUGACGGCCAUGGCCAGGGGUGCCUUUUAUCAGGUUCGCCUGAUCCGCCAGUUGCGUCCCUUUCUGGAUUGGGACGCCUUGCGCACGGUCACUCAUGCCCUAGUUACCUCCCGUAUGGACUACUGUAAUGCUCUCUACAUGGGGCUCCCCUUGAAAAGCACCUGGAGGCUCCAACUGGUCCAGAAUGUAGCCGCGCGGGUGAUUAUGGGCGCAGCUCAUUACGCCCAUGUAACACCUCUCCUACGCGAGCUGCACUGGCUCCUGGUGGUCUACCGGGUGCGAUUCAAGGUGUCAGUUAUCACCUUUAAAGCGCUCCAUGGCUUAGGACCUGGGUACCUACGAGACCGUCUUUUGCCACCAAUAGCCUCCCACCGACCAGUUCGUUCUCACAGGGAGGGACUACUCAGGGUACCGUCAGUCAAAUUAUGCUGAUUGGCGACUCCCAGGGGGAGGGCCUUCUAUAUGAGGGCUCCAACCCUUUGGAAUGAACUGCCCCCUGAGAUACGAAAUAUCCCUGAUCUCCGUGCUUUCCGCCGUGCCCUCAAAACCCUGAUGUUCCAACAAGCGGGGCUAAACAUAUGAACAUGUGAAUGUUUUUAAAAUGUUAUCUAAUUUUAGGUUCUAUUUAAUUGGGCCAAACUAUGUUAUAAUAAUAAUUUUAAUUAGCAAUUUUAUGAUGUUUGUGUAUCUAUAUUUUUCUUGACUGUACACUGCCUUGAGUCCUACGGGAGAAAGGCAGUAUAGAAAUAUAAUAAAUAAAUAAAUAAAUAAUAAAUAAAUAAAUAAAUAAAUAAAUAAAUUACAGAAAAGUUCCUGAAAUCACUACUGUACAAGUCAGUCUUGGAAACAAAACAAUUUUCAUCUGUGUAGUAUCUGGAAUCUAGACCACCUAUCUAAUUAUAUUCAAUGAACAUUGAGUUUCUGAGUGUAUGUAUAGUGGGAUGUGUCAGGGGUGACAACUGUCUUUUUAAUCAUAUAUCCUACAUAUCCAAUAAUGGGAAGGGAACUAAUUCUCUGUGAACUGGGGUGGGGAAUUUCUUGAUAACUGUUAAGAAAAGCAACCCAUUCAGAAAUAAAAGAUUCGGUGUCAUGUAAAAAAAGAUUGCAGACUCGACUAUGAAUCUCAUCAAACAUUACCCUAAUGUUAUAUUUUAUCCUAAUUCAGCUUGAAGGUAGGGGACUUAUCCUAGCUAUGCCAGUUUGCUGAAAUGUAACUUAUUUUCCUUAAAACUGAGAGUUUUUUUCUCUUCUCCCCUCUUUCUCCCAUCCUACCCUCAUCCCCAGUUUUAGCUUUACUUUUCUCCUUCUUCCAAUGUAGCUGCCCAUUCCCCAAAUGUCUCCUGCCUCCCUUUUCCUUAUUUUUUUCCUGCUGGAAAAAGAAAGAGAACAGAUAUGUUGAUGAGUUUUAUAAAACAUUUCCUGUUUUAUCCCAGAAUCAGCUUUCCAAAUAAAAGAGCUCCUCUCAUCAAACUUUUA